CGGAACAGUAUUGACCUACUGUAAUUGUGACCUCGCCGAAGACCAAAGUGGCUUCAAUCACAUCCACAAUUAACCAAGUUAUGAGAGCUCCGGGCGAGUUCGGAUGUCAAUGUUGAGUUUCAUCCUGCUCCGAAAUAGUCUUGCAUUCAGAGAGUAGAACUGUUCACAUUCCUUACAUAAGUAGUCAUGUACAGGUUUUCCUGCGCUUCCUUCUCCCUCAAACGAUUUUAUCCAUACAUAAACUAACGGCUGCGUUUUGUUUCGACUCCCUGAAUUUCAACCAAGUCUUCUCUGCAAACAAACAUGGCUUGGGCAAGGUUAAUCAGAUUUGUAGACACGAAGGGUAUCACGUCUUUUGGAGAACCAUGUAUUGAGCACGCGGAAGACCUACUUAAGUCACUUGCCAGCCAGACGCUGUAUGCUCUGAAGCUCGAGGGCUCAGAUCCGUUUGCUCUGUCAGCCCCUGGGGAGAAAGUUCAAGUACAGAGCAUACUCGAAGUUCUGAAACCUACGGAUGUUCCAAUCAUCAAAUGUAUUGGCCUUAAUUACAUGAAGCACAUUGCAGAGGGAGGCCGCAAACCCCCGCCAUUUCCUUCUCUGUUUAUCAAAUCUUCACCAUGUCUUGCGAGAUAUGACGAAGAUGUCCCAAUUCCAAAGAUAGCACAGGGAAAGAAUCUGGAUUAUGAAGGAGAGCUGGCUGUUGUGAUCGGCAAAACCGGCAAGAACAUCAGUCCUGAAAAUGCACUUGAGUAUGUUGCAGGCUUCACGCCAUCCAAUGAUGUCUCAGCAAGAACAUGGCAAAAAGAUCCCGCAUACGCAGGAGGUGUGCCACAAUGGUGCUUCGCCAAAGGAUUCGACAAGUUCGCUCCCAUCGGGCCAAUGCUAGUUUCGCCAUCAGUAGUCGGUGCAGCAGACAAUUUGAGACUGCAGACGUUCGUCAAUGGAGAACUUCGUCAGGAUACGAGUACAGAUGAUCUGCUGUUCAAUGUUCGCGCCAUUGUAAGCUUUUUGAGUCAGGGCUCCACGUUAGAAAAGGGAACGGUGAUCAUGACGGGUACACCAGCCGGUGUAGCGAUGGGAAUGGCUGAGCCGAAAUGGCUUAUUGAUGGUGAUGUGGUGGAGGUUAAAAUUGAGCAUCUGAGUAGCUGUAUCAACAAGAUGGUUUAUGAAUAGAGCGUAUGAAGACAUCCUAUUAACACAAUCUAAAUGCAUG